AUGGCGCAAACUGCCAUGGGCAGGCUCUUCCGCUGGCCGAGCACCAUCGGCCAGUCGGUGACCUUUUCGCAAGUCCGCAGUUAUUCGGCUGUUCCCACCUUCGCUCCGACCUCCUCCGCCGAACUGGACCAGGCUCUCGGCCGAUUUCGACAACAACUUUUCAUUCCUUAUGGUCUUCCCAGGCGGCAACGGAGGAGCAUGUUCCAGGAAAAGCAUGCGCAAAGAUUGAUCCACGAGCCAAUCACUGUUAGCAUCAACGAAAAUGAACAGUUCACCUUGCGACCCAUGAAGCUCAGCGAAUUGCCCACGAAGAAGGAGGCCCUGCAAGUCCUCAAGCUUAUGGAAGCCAACAACGACUUCAAGAACCUCGUUCCCUUCAUGAGCGGCCUUGGGAUGUCAAACUUUGUUAUCAGCUCUGACCAAUGGGAGCACCUCAUGCGCGUGACCAACAAAUUCAACAAACUCUCCCUUAUCCUCCAAUGCGCCAAGCAACAGAACCAGACCGGUUUGCAACUCCGAGAUGUCGACCUGAACCGACGCCUAUUCUUUGAAUUGCAUACUAUGGCACAGAAGGCGGAAUUUAAGGGCGAGGCCGUCAAGAAAGCCUUGGGUUUGGCAAAGCAGGCAAUUGAUUUGGUAGAGGCAGAGCAUUAUGUUGACGAGCACUGGAAGCCAAGCUUGUUCAACGAUCCUCUACGGCAGCCAUUCGUUAUUGGCACUUUGCUGGAACUCAGUGCCGCUCGUGCUGUCAGCGAAUUUGCUGGCAAGGACGAGACCAACGAGGUGAUCAAUAAUGUACGGAAGCUGAUUUGCUCCAAGCUUCUGUUCAAGCACGAGAAGGCCCCCGCCGACGAGAGCGUUGCUACCGGGGAGAAAUGGCUCCAGGAGACCGUGCCAGUCUACAAUAGCUUGCGGUUGAGUCUCUUGGUUCACGGUGUUGCCACCGACAAGCAGCUGCACUCUUCAAUCACAUCACACCUUAACCAGGUCAAGGCGGCGCUUGAGGAGCAGAUGGCCAAGUAUUCCGCCGAGGGUGCCAAGCGUCCGUUCAGCUAUGAUACCUUCCAGGCUGUGCUGAAACUUUAG